UCACACACCUUGGCAAUUCGUCUAUCUGCAGCCGUGCGACUGCCUGUCUCUGCCAUGUCUCUCUCCCCGUGCCGGGCCCAGAGGGGCUUCAGCGCUCGCUCAGCCUGUUCUGGGCGCUCAGGGGGCCGCAGCAGGGGCACCUUCAGCAGCAGGAGCCUCAGUUCCUCCAGGGGGUGCCCUGGGGGAUCUCGUGGGAGGACCUGGGGGUCAGGAGGAAGGCUGGGGGUGCGGUCUGGGGAGGGGAGUGGCAGGUCUGGGUUUUCCCUGUGCCCUCCGGGGGGCAUCCAAGAAGUGACUAUCAACCCGAAUCUGCUGACCCCAUUGAAGAUUGAGAUUGACCCCCAGUUCCAGGUGGUGCGGACACAGGAGACCCAAGAGAUCAGAACUCUCAACAACCAGUUCGCUUCCUUCAUUGACAAGGUGCGGUUCCUGGAGCAGCAGAACAAGGUUCUGGAGACCAAGUGGCACCUGCUGCAGCAGCAGGGCGUGAGUGGCAGCCCCCAGGACCUGCAGCCUGCCUUUGAGGCCUACGUGGCCCAGCUCAGGAAGCAGCUGGAGCAGCUCCAGAGGGACCGAGGGGCCCUGGAUGCUGAGCGGAAAGCCUGCCAGGACCAGGAGGAGGAGUACAAGGCCAAGUAUGAGGAGGAGGCCCACAAGCACGCCACGGCUGAGAAUGACUUUGUGGUCCUCAAGAAGGAUGUGGAUGGAGUUUUCCUGAGCAAGAUGGAGUUGGAAGGCAAGCUGGCGGCUUUGAGAGAGCACAUCUGCUUCUUGAAGCGUCUGUAUGGAGAAGAGCUGGGCCAGCUCCAGACCCAGGUCAGCGACACGUCUGUGGUGCUGUCCAUGGACAACAACCGCUGCCUGGACUUCAGCGACAUCAUCGCCCAGGUCCGCGCCCGGUACGAGCAGAUCACCCAGACCAGCAAGGCCGAGGUGGAGGCGCUGUACCAGACCAAGUACCAGGAGCUUCAGGUGUCUGCCCAGCUUCAUGGGGACAGCAUGAAGGAAACCAAAGUCCAGAUCUCCCAGCUACACCAGGAGAUUCAGAGGCUACAAAGUCAGAUCGAGAACCUCAAGAAGCAGAACGCUGACUUGCAGGCCGCCAUUGCCAGUGCCGAGCAGCGCGGGGAGGCAGCCCUCAAGGACGCGCAGGCCAAGCUGGACGAGCUGGAGGCUGCUCUGAGAGCGGCCAAGCAGGAGCUGGCCCGGCUGCUGCGCGACUACCAGGAGCUGAUGAGCACGAAGCUGGCCCUGGACGUGGAGAUCGCCACCUACCGCAGGCUGCUGGAGGGCGAGGAGUGCAGGAUGUCUGGGGAGUGCACCAGCCAGGUCACUGUCUCUGUCGUAGGAGGCAGCACCGUCGUGUCUGGAGGAGCUGGUGGAAGCCUGGGGGGCUGUAGUGGACUCGGAGGCGGGAAAGGCAGCUUUGGGUCCUACUGCUCUAGCAUCGUGACUGGAGGCUCCAGCGCCAUCCUGGGCUCCAAGGAGGGGCCUGUGUGGGGGUCUUGCUCUGUGUCUGGCUCUGGCUCCGGCUCUAGCUGCCGCACCAUCCUGAAGAAGACAGUCGAGUCAAGUCUAAAGACGUCCAUCACGUAUUGAGUGACCCUGUAGCCACCUCCUUCCUGAGCCUGCUCAGCCUGCUCCCACCCCGGCACCCGGCUCUGCAGGGCCAACUCUGCGUCCCCUGCCCACAGCCCAAGCCAGCCCACAGGGGACUCUGUAAAGGUCAAUAAAGUGGCCCUGCUGGGUGUUCUGAGC